AUGGAUUCCUCCUCGUUUGAUACGGCAGGCCUGACGGAGCUCGGAACAGCAGAACAACAGAUCCUCCUUGACAAAAUCGACAGUCUCCGCGUGCAGGGAGUCGGGGAAUUUGUUGAUCUUCCCCAAAUUGUAGUCUGUGGUGAUCAGUCAAGCGGGAAAUCAUCGGUGCUCGAAGCGCUGUCUGGCGUGCCGUUCCCCCGCAGCGAUACACUCUGUACGCGUUUUCCAACCGAAGUUGCCUUGCGAAAGAGUCCCGCUAUUGAAAUUUCAGUUUCUAUAGUGCCGGGGUCAGAUGUAUCCAAGGCUGGGUCUACCAGGUUGCGGGCUUUCAAGGCGAAUCUGCAAAGGCUGGAUGGGUUCACAGACCUUGUUGAAAGGGCAAAGGCGGAAAUGGGCGUCUCUACAACCGGGAAAGCCUUCUCCAGCAGCAUUCUUCGAGUCGAAAUAUCAGGGCCAAAUCAGCCCACAUUGACAGUUGUCGAUUUGCCGGGCUUUAUCCAUUCCGGUAGUAAUGAACAACCCUCCACUGUGGUCAAGCUUGUUUCAGACAUGGUUGGGGCAUAUAUGGAGAACCCGAGGUCCAUUAUUUUAGCCGUAGUUUCGGCCAAGAACGAUUAUGCAAAUCAGAUAGUUCUUUCAAGGGCGCGAGAGGUGGAUCCGGAUGGGCUGCGAACGCUGGGCCUUAUCACAAAACCCGAUGAGCUUCGCCCUGGCUCGGGAACAGAGGCUGAUUUUAUUGACCUGGCGAGUAACAACAAGAUCACUUUUCGACUUGGCUGGCAUAUAGUUAAGAACAGAGACUAUGAUGAAAGCCAUUAUACAACGGUGGAGCGAGGCAUCUCCGAAGAGCAAUUUUUUGCUACAAGCGCUUGGAAGCAGAUGCCCCACGGCAUCGUUGGUAUUACCUCGCUUCGUAAGCGUUUAUGCAAAAUCCUCUUAGGACGAAUUAAAAGAUACUUACCGAAGCUUACCGACGAUCUCCAAUCUAGUAUUGUGGGCUGCAAAACGAAGCUUGACAAACUGGGAGAUAGCCGUGACACAAUUGACGAUCAACGUCGAUUCUUGCUGAGGCUGAGUCAAUCAUUUCAGACACUCUGUAGAGCAGCCAUUGACGGCAAAUAUGAGCACGCCUUUUUCGCUGAUCCAUCUUCAAAUGGUGGGUAUUCUAAAAGGCUACGAGCUGCAAUACAGAACUCAAACCUCGAAUUUGCCAAACGUAUGCAAAACAGAGGCUAUUAUUUAUUCAUUAAGAACGAUGAUGAAGGCUCCUCAGAUGAAGACUCCUCAGAUGACGACUCCGCGGAUGACGACUCCGCAGAUGACGAGUCCGCAGAUGACGACUCCACAGAUGAAGACUCCGAAAAUGAAGGAUUCGAAGACAAAGAGUACGAAGAAGGUUACGUCGGCCACUACGAUGAAGAUGUCCAAGAGUCAACGGGUGACAACGACAUAGAGCUAAUACAAAACAUACAACAUAUCACAAUGACACGUGAGGAGGCAAUCGAAUGGGUACGUCAGCUAUUGGUAAGAAGUCGUGGCCGGGAAUUGCCCGGAUUGUUCGAUCCUAUUCUUGUGGGAGAGCUAUUUCGAUACCAGUCCAUAAACUGGGAGAUCAUUGCGCGCAAUCAUGUCAAGAAGGCAUGGGAAGCAUGUAAGAAAUUUAUCGAAUUGCUUUUAAACGACAUCGGAGAUGAGGAAGCAACGGAAGAGUUGCUGGCAUUAUGGGUUGAUCCGAUCAUCUAUCAGCGCUUUGAAGAUGCCAAUAAAGUACUCGAUCAUCUCCUGAUUGACCGUUCUAGAAAUCCUAUUACUUAUAAUCAGUAUUACACGGAGACGCUGCAACAUAUUCGAGAACAGCGCCAGAUGAGAGAGUUUCAGCAAAGGAUCCAACAGCAUUUGGGUGGUCGUCCAAGAAAACAUAGAUUCUAUAUCAACGUCGCUAAACUCAGUCGGGCGCUUUCACAGCAAUCAAAAGCCGAUAUGGACUCUUUCGCAUGCUCGGAGCUCUUAGACAGUAUGCAGGCAUAUUACAAAGUGGCACUCAGUACCUUUGUUGACAACGUUUGUGUUCAAGUCAUUGAACGCAUCCUAGUAGCAGAUUUAUGCUCAAUUUUUUCCCCUAUUGAUGUCGCACAGAUGGACUCUGAACUGAUAUCUAAAAUUGCGGCUCCGUCUUCUGAAUCCCAAGCUUUGCGGCAGCAGCUUGCAAGAAAGAUGAAAACCUUGGACAAAGGCCUCAGAACCUGUAAACAUUAUUUUCGCCACCGUUCUGCGGGACGCGAAUACCAACUUCAAGGGCCGCUGGGCGGUAUUGUCAAUGGAGAUUCUGUGCUGCCGAGCCACGGAAAUGAUAAGCCAGAAGAUGAAGCAAAGAGCAUUCGAAACCCGACACUUGGAGCAUCGAGUGGCGGGGAAGCCAAGGAUGGAAGUUAUGAGUCAAUUGUAAAGCACGUACUGCAGAAAAGAUCACAGUUGUUGAGAAAAGACAAGGUCAAGAAAUUGAAUCAUUUAAGGGAGGGCCAGCGAGGAGCAGAAACUGCUAUGUUUUAA